CCUUUCCCAAUCAAAAGCUUACAAACAGAUGUAUUUUAAAAUAGUAUAACCACAUUUGCCAGCCCUUGCUAGCUUUGACAUCAUUACCAACAUGCUGAUAUCCUUGAAUUCAGUGAGAUGAGGUGUCAAAUCCCAAGAUUCUUCAAGUGCCCCCAGCCUCUCUUUCUCUCUCUCUCUCAUGAACUUUGAGCCUUCUUCAUCGCUAUAUAAACCACUCUCACUGAUCUCUUUUUUUUCAUCUCAAAGUCUUCUUUCUCUAUUUGCUUUACACUAAGCCACUUUCCUUCUGUAUAUCUUUUUUGUAGUUCAAUCACACUUUCAGAUGGCCACUGUUGAGGUUGUAUCAGCAAAGACAGCCCUUCCAGAGGGAACUGUUGAGGAGUCGAUCAAGGCACAUGAGACUACUAUCAAAGAAGAGGUAGUGACUGCACCACCACCUGCACCGGAGUCCACCCCAGAAGAAGUAAAGGGAGUAGAAGAGUCAACCCCAGUUGUUUCUGAGGCUGCGGUGGCUCCAGAACCUGAAGCCCCAACAGAAGUUGAGACUAAGGAAGUGGUAGAAGAGGCCAAGGUUGUGACAGAAGAGCCACCAGUUGAGAAGACUGAGGAGGAGGCCCCCAAGGAAACACCCGAGCAAGAGGCCCCCAAGGAAGCACCCGAGCUACCUGUUGAGGAGAUCAAAGAAACUACUGCACCAGAACCAAAACCAGAAGUAGAAGCUGAAGUUCCAAAAGAGGAGGUUGCAGCUGAAGUUCCCAAGGAGGAGGUUGUUGUUAAGGAAGAGGAGAAGCCAGUUGAAGCAGAGGAGAAAGUUGGCACAGAAUCACCAGUGGAGGAGAAGGCUGAGUAAAAAGUUCAAAGGAAUAGUGUGCUUUGGUGAAAGUUUGUGUUAGUGGGUAUCUUUAGGUUGCAUUUCAUGUACGUUCUUCGAAUAAGGAUGAUUAGGUAAAUCAUGUGUAUGGAAAUGACCCACUUGGAUCUUGCAAAUACUCCCUCACAUGGCAGACAUGCAUGGGCUCCUAUUGGUGAAAAUUUUGAUGUGGAUUGUGCUACCAUGGGGGGGAUGGCUGUGGGUUCCAUGCAGGGUGAUGAAUUCUACUAUAUAUGAUGCGUAUGUUCAUUACUAGAUGGGCAGUUUGUUUGAAUAAUAAUAUCUUAUAUUACUACUUAA